AUGGACACAUUCACACACAACGUCACCGCCACGGACGUAUUGAUGACCAGUACGCGCGAACGUUCCAGUAAAGAAACUAUUUACCUAAUUUGGAUAGAAGAUGACGUUCUGGUGACGGUGAUGGAAGUAGACGGACCGUAUGAAUUGUACUUCAAUUUUUAUACGGCAACUGUUUUUAAGCAAAAAGUGUUGUUAAGAAACUUAAUCAAGUAUCCAGUAUUGAUAACAAUCAGCAAUAAUUUAAUGCUUUCAGAAACUGAAGAAAUUGAUGAUUUGGAAACAUUCUUAACGUUGAAUGAACGUGAUUUUAUUAGACUGCAACUCACCACAAAAAUGAUAAAAUGGAUCGAAAAAUUACAAUUGGAAUAUAAAAAAAAUGAUUAUUUAGAGCAUGAGUCCGAAGAAUGGAUCCAGGAAAACUUGUGUAUGAGCGAAUCUCAUAUUAGUGAUAUUGAGACUAUUAAUCAGAACUGGAGUGUUGAUAAUCCUUACAGUGGAAUUAAUCUAGAAGAGAUAAAUAAUAUUGAUAGGAUUUUCGAACGAACCCAGGAAGGAUCUGCGAUAAUGGAGGCUUUAAAAGAAAAUUAUCGACCGAAAGAAACAUUUAUAAAGAGAAUCAAUUCGCUACUCUGCGAAUGUUUGAAAUCGUUGCAUGGUUGCCGUCCAAAUAAUUUCUACAAGAUCCAGAUUGCUAUCUCUCUCGUAAAGUCAUAUCCUGCAUUAGCUUCGCCAACGGAUGUACCACAGGCACUGUGGUUCCAUGCACAUGCCAGGGGUCUAAAUCAUCAUGCCGGCCGAAUCCAUUACCACAUGGAGUAUUUAGCACGAAAAUCUGAAGACCGUGUUAUCAAACGUCGUCGUAUCGAAGAGUAUCCACCUAGUUCCGACGUGUCUUUUAUACCAAUGAACGAAAAUACAAGUGAUGAUUGUAUUCAGCAAGCGAUGCUUGAACUCAAGUUCAUUGUUCCUAGCCAACAAAACAAAAACCGAAUUAUCGAGCUAUGGAACAUUUCUUUCCAAAAUCGACAGCAGUCCCGCGAAUUGAAACAUUCUUUUGAAUGUAUCGAUGAUUUUCCGGUGCUUACUGCUUAUAACGGAGAACUGAUUACACUUGAUUUCCUGAAAAUACGACCACAAGCUACGUCCUUUUCAGAAAAGUGGGAAACGGUACAGGAGAGAAUUUUAAGUCAAUACAACCAGCUGUUCUGUGAGCUUAAUCAUGGCAGAAGACGAGUUACCAAAUGAAGAAUUUCCCCCUAAACUGUUUGUACGAGGCUCCUUUUUGCAGGAUUCAAACGAUUGCACAAUAUGCAUUGGAAUGCACAGAAUUCCUGUUCUGUUAGAGUUGAGAUCAGCCUUCAAAAUA